GUCAUGACGUCGUUUCGGAGUUCUAAGCAACGAAAUGAGAGGAAGCCUUGAGAUGGAGGCAGGGGGUGAUUUAAUGCAAAAAAUAGCAAAUUGACGCGCAAUUUAGAGACAGUUGACAUUUUAUUUUCAGAAAGAGACUGCAACAGUCCCCACAAGGAAGAAUCGUGUGUUGAAUAUAGGUAUAUAGACUCGGUCAGCACUGGAUAUUUUUGGUGAGUUUCUCAAGUAUUGACCGGGCGCCAUUUAAACACGCUGUGCGGGAGACAGGAAAGAAAUAACCGCUCUCAAAGCCAGCACACAAUUAUUUGCUUCAGUGGAAAGAUUCUGCUCUCAAAUAAACGCUUAUUUUUAAGGAGAUUCUAUGCUCAUUCUGGUAGACGGUGGAAAUGUGCCCUGUUUGUGAGGGCCUGUGGUAGCGUCAGGUAUUGUUUGUUAGCUGGCUAACUGCUAACAGACCUCGAACUGAAGAGAGACAUUUACGACCUCGAGCAAGAGAUUACAGGUGUUACAAAACUGUCAACAUGGCAACAGAUAUCGGCUCACCUCCCCGGUUCUUCCAUAUGCCUCGGUUCCAGCACCAGGCACCUCGUCAGCUGUUCUACAAGAGGCCAGACUUUGCCCAGCAGCAGGCCAUGCAGCAGCUCACUUUUGAUGGCAAGCGCAUGAGGAAAGCUGUCAACCGCAAAACCAUUGAUUAUAAUCCAUCUGUCAUCAGAUAUCUUGAGAAUCGAUUGUGGCAGAGAGAUCAUCGAGAUUUCCGUGCUAUUCAACCAGAUGCUGGCUGCUACAAUGAUCUCGUUCCUCCAGUUGGUAUGCUUAGUAACCCUAUGAAUGCUGUUACGACAAAGUUUGUCAGAACCUCCACCAACAAAGUUAAAUGCCCUGUGUUUGUUGUGCGAUGGACUCCUGAAGGCAGGCGACUUGUAACUGGUGCCUCCAGCGGAGAGUUUACUUUAUGGAACGGGCUCACAUUUAACUUUGAGACAAUUCUGCAGGCUCAUGACAGCCCUGUCAGGGCAAUGACCUGGUCUCACAAUGACAUGUGGAUGUUGACUGCUGACCAUGGAGGUUACGUGAAGUAUUGGCAGUCCAACAUGAAUAACGUCAAGAUGUUCCAGGCUCACAAGGAGGCGAUUAGAGAGGCCAGUUUCUCUCCUACGGAUAAUAAAUUUGCCACUUGCUCUGAUGAUGGAACUGUACGCAUCUGGGACUUUCUGCGCUGUCAUGAGGAAAGAAUUCUGAGAGGUCAUGGAGCAGAUGUGAAGUGUGUUGAUUGGCAUCCCACAAAGGGCUUGGUGGUGUCCGGCAGCAAAGACAGCCAGCAACCUAUCAAAUUUUGGGACCCAAAGACUGGACAAAGUUUGGCAACACUACAUGCACAUAAAAACACAGUCAUGGAGGUGAAGUGGAACCUCAAUGGCAACUGGCUGUUGACAGCGUCACGUGACCAUUUAUGCAAACUGUUUGACAUCCGCAACCUCAAAGAGGAGCUACAGGUUUUUAGAGGACACAAGAAAGAAGCCACAGCUGUAGCCUGGCACCCAGUUCAUGAAGGCCUGUUUGCCAGUGGAGGUUCUGAUGGAUCGCUGCUAUUUUGGCAUGCAGGUGUGGAGAAAGAAGUGGGAGGAAUGGAGAUGGCUCAUGAAGGAAUGAUCUGGAGUUUAGCCUGGCAUCCACUGGGCCACAUCUUGUGUUCUGGGUCUAAUGACCACACCAGCAAAUUUUGGACAAGGAAUCGGCCAGGGGACAAGAUGCGGGACAGAUACAAUCUGAACUUGUUGCCUGGAAUGUCAGAAGAUGGGAUGGAAUAUGAUGACAUAGAGACCAAUAGUGUUGCCGCCAUUCCUGGCAUGGGGAUCCCAGAACAACUGAAGGCUGCUAUGGAACAAGAACAAACUGGAAAAGAGAUGGCAGCAGAACCUGAGAUGAGCAUCCCAGGGCUGGACUGGGGAAUGGAAGAGGUCAUGCUGAAAGACCAAAAAAAGCCCCCGACUAAAAAAGUUCCCUAUGCAAAACCCAUUCCAGCUCAGUUUCAACAGGCCUGGGCAGAGAAUAAGGUUCCAGCAAUGCCUCCUGGAGAGGUUCCAAAGGAAAGGAAGGAUGAGAAGAAAGUAGAUGGCAAGAAGAAGACGCAAGCAGAGAUUGAGCAGGAAAUGGCUGCCCUUCAGUAUACAAACCCAAUGUUGCUCGAGCAACUAAAGAUUGAGCGAAUGGCACAAUUACAAGAACAGGGAAUGCCUCCCCCUGCUGGACAGUCAGGGCCAGUGCCGCCCUUUCCAGGUCAGGGUGGUCCGAUGCCCCCUCCAACACAAGGCUUCCCUCAAUCCAUGCCUCCACAACAAAUGCCGCACAACAUGCCUCCAGUGGGACCAGGUGGAAUACCUGGUCCAUUCAUACCUCCAGGCCAAAUGGGUCCACCCGGACCUUUGCACCAGGGUCCUCCUCCACAGGGCAUGAUGGGACCUCCAGACAUGCAUGGGCCUCCACGUCAUCCUGGCCCUCACAGGAACAUUGGACCCCAGGGUCCUCCUGGCAUGCCGCCUGGCCCCAGAGGUAUGCAAGGACCUCCUCCUGGAGGAAUGCCCCCAGGUUCUGGUGGACCUCCAGGCAAUAUGAUGGGACCACCACCGCGAGGACAGGGGCCGCCACAGGGAGGUAUGAUGCAUCAGGACAUGAGGGGGCCUGUGCCUCAUGGAAACAUGAUAGGCCAUCAGGGACCCAUGCCAGGGAGUAUGAUGGGGCCUCCACCCAGGACUCAUGGCAGUAUGCAGGGCAUGGGAAAUAUGCAUGGUAUGGGGCCUCCUCCAGGGGGUAUGCAUGGACCACAAAACAACAUGCAAGGGCCACCAGGAAACAUUCAAGGACCUCCAGGCAAUAUGCAGGGCCUUCCACCAUAUUUGCAAGGCAAACCACCACAUAUGGGUGAUGGAAACCGAGGACAGUUCAACCAGGGACAGAAUCCUGGGCCUCAGUCAAUGAUGCAUGGAAUGGGACAACAGGGUCCUAAUGGGAAAGGAGAUACUCCUCGAGGACCACCUAACCACCACAUGGGACCCCCACCAGAGCGACAAGGCCCAGGAGGACCUGGUCAGGGCUCAGAUGGAGGCCAGUACUGGGGUGAUGAUGGGGGUUAUCAAGAGGGCUGGAGAAGAGGCCCUGGGGGUCCAGGACAGGAAUACUCUGGAGGUCACAGAGGAAGCUCUGGAAGCCAAUGGGAGGGCCAGGAAAGGUUUUCUUCGCAUGAUGGAGAGUACAUGGGACACGACAGAUACCGGAGGGGUGGCCCAAGUGGACGUGGUGGAAUGGGGGGCUUCCAAGAUGAGUAUGGCGGAGAUGAGAGCUUUGAUUCCCAAGAAGACAUGGGCCAAGGAUGGGGAGGUAGAGGAAGACCGCGUGGUGGGCCACCAAGAGGAGGUGGUGUAGGAAGAAAGGGGCUUCUCCCAACUCCUGAUGAUUAUCCCUCUCACUAUGAAGGAGGAAGAAACCAGGAGGGCUGGGAGGGAGGGCGAGAUUCAGGUCAUGAGAGUUAUCGGGAUGGUCAGCGGCCAGACCACAGUAUGCAUGACAGUCCUUCUCCAGCCAGUAGAGAGCGUUCUUCCUCUCUACAGGGAAUGGAUAUGGCCUCGCUGCCACCACGCAAACGGCCAUGGCAUGACGGACCAGGCACUAGUGACAUGGACUCCCCUGGUGCAGUGCCUGAUGACAGAGGCGCAGGUCGACCGUCACCAAGAGACGAAGGUGGGUAUGGGCCUCCAUCACGGGGAGGAAGAGGUGGUUGGGGACGUGGUGGGCCGCCUAACCCAAGUGGUCCUGGUCCCAAUGUGGGUCCAAAUGCCAGACGAGGGGCUCAACGCGGCGUUAUGCGAGGAGGUCGCGGGCGGUAGUUAUAGUCCCGCCUGCUUCUCAAAAAGGCAAAACCACAAUGAGGACAGGGGACAACAAAGAACCACACAUGGCUACAAUAUCAGCUUCCUUGAGGGUCUGAACAAUUAUGCAGGCUUGGACAUGUGUCUGUAAGCACUUCAGUAUAAAUCAGCGUGGAACCCUAAUUGGUGGCUAAGGCUUAGCUUUUUCUCUAUGAUGUACCAGAUGGAAGGUGGUGGGUACCAGUUAUCCAGGGCCAAAUAUUUUGGCUUAUGAUGCCUCUUGCCACCUGCUUGGUGUACUUGUGAUACAUGGGAUUUGUUCUAACCUUACGUCAGUGGUGAGAAUAAUAACCUGGGGCACAUUAUGGUGUGACGGGAAACAUCUCUUGUAAUGGACUUAAAUUUGUGGUCCAGGAAACUUUGUGAUGCAUGGUACAACUCUCUGUAGAUGCUUAAGAGAUGUCCCUUCCUUGCACUGAGCAGCUGACCUGCUUUGUGAGUCACUUGGACAAUGGCAACUGAAUUUGUACCAGCACCUGAACCCCCUCUGUCUUUUCUUUUUUUUGGCCUAAAUGAUUCUGAUGUAUAAAACAAAAAAAACAUUGUGUACCAUUGAAUUCCUCAGUCAGAUUCUGUCAUUCAGCAAAUGCAAGUCAAUCUAGGUAAAUGCCUGUAGGCAUCGUGUCUAUUACUAGAGAAAAUGGUCUUUUGACUGUUUCGUUCACCCAGUGACUCAGCGCUGUUUAUUUAUUUUUACUUUUUUUUGUAAAAUAAUGGAGAUAAUCUUUCUGUAACUUUACCAGGCUACUCUGAGACGAAACUGCAGACUUUGUUCCUAUGUGUACAGUUUGUCACAAAAUUGUCAUAUUGUUGUCUUUUUUUUGUAUGAAACCAUAAUAGAAUGUGCAAAAUUUAUGUAAA